AUGAAAAUGGUCCUUAUUCUGUCCUUUUUUCUUAAACCUGUAUUAUCCGAUUAUGUGUAUAUUUUAAGUCCUGAAUAACCAUACAUUCUAACAGAAUUUUCAAUCAUAGAAGCAAUUAUUAGGGAAGGAGUUGUAUAUAAACAGAGCUCUUGGUUUUAAUACCUUCCCUUAACUUCUACAAUUUAUGCUAUAUCUGUUGGGAUGUUAGAUAGCAAUUGCUAUCAUUUAUUUAGUUCGGUAGGGAAAGAAUCAAAAAGUUUAAAUUUUUUACAUUAUGAUUGUUUAGAUUAUGAAUAAAAGUCAAUCACAAAAUUUAUAAAAUUCAUAGGUAGCGAUAAUUAACAAUACAGUUAUGAAUUCGAUAUAAGUAUUUUUGAAUAUGAAAAUUAGUGGUACUUCUUUCAAUUCAUAUUAUAUCCAUAUAACAAUAGAUUUUAAAUAAUAUUAAUCAAAAAUGAAGAAGUCAUCAAAAAUGAAAUUUUGGAUGUUUUACCAUUUCAAGAUGAAAUUAUAAUUUAAUAGGUUGGAGGUGAUUUGGUAGUAUUAGAUUCAAAACUAGUCAAUAUUGCUAAUGGCGAUAAAUUUGCCACAUUUCCAGGCAGAGUGAUUCCAAUUUAAGGUGAUUCUACGAUUAAAAACUUUGUUUAGGCUGCUAUUUCUUUAGUAAAGUCUAGGAAAGCCUGUAAGUGUGAAAGUAAUCCAAUAAGUAAUUUAAUGGAUUCAGAUUAUUUUUCUCUCUACUAAUCAAUUUAUUCUUCAAAAUUUUAGAACUGCAAUUAAUUUUUAUUUACAGGAUGGUUUAAGAUUAAAGAAAUAAUUCAAACCGACUCAGAAAUGACAUUUUAAUUUAUUAAAUUGACUUCAAAUAUGUAGAAUGAUUAAUUGUAAAAUGAAAAUCUCUCUCCUUUAUAAUUAUUUUACAAGCUUUCAUAAAACCUAAAUACAAUAAUUAUUACAACUUAUAGUUAUACAUUUCCAUCAGUUAAAUUAGAUUUUACAAACGAUCCUUUUUUAAUAACCAAAGAAUUCCAGAUUUUGAACAAAAUAUCAUUAUGGCAUCUAUUGUAUGUAAAGUUGGUAGAAGAUACGUUGGAUAUUAGUAUCAAUUUUUUUGAGAAUAGGUAAGCUUAUGAAUACAAGACACAAAUCAUAGUUAAGCAAUUUCAUUAAAUAUACUUCAAGUUGUUUUUAGGAAAUUUGUUAGAAUCAACUACUAAUUAUUUAAAUAUAAUGGGCAGGAAUCUCUAUUUUUUUAAUUGCAAUCAAAACUUUUAAAUACAAAACUGCCAUCUAAGUUGUGGUGAAUGUGAUGGUCCUACUAAUCAAGAUUGUUUAUCUUGUACCUUAGAAUCAAAAAGAGUAUAUUUUCCAUAAUAUAAAUAAUGUUUAUGUCCAUAUGAUACUAUUGAUUACGACGAUGAAUGUUUAGGUUAUUAAGACUUUGGCUUUUAGGUCAUUUCAAAUGAAGAAUAAAAUGAAGGAUGUUUAUAUGGACAAUUCGAACUUAAUGGCUCUUGUUAUUAAUGGUAAUUUGAUUUAUUAUAAUAAAAGUCCAGGUUAAUUAAAUUCACAAGCAAUAACUUGUUUAGAAUGCGUUUUGAAUCCAAAAGGUUGGUCCAGUGAUCCAUAUUGUGAUACAUAUAUAUACCUAAAUUAAGAUGGAAGUACAUCUGAAAUCAUGGAAUCAACUCUGUCAAUUGAACCAAAAUAUUAUUUCACUUUUAAUGGUGAAGAUCUUGAAUUAUGCUUGGAAUGUGAAUAACAUAGCUUAACAAAUUUAGAGAGUAUAUAUUAAGAUAUGGUUGCAAAAUAGCAAUCAUUUAAAUCAUUAUGCGUUUCUGAAAGAUCAUAGUAGCAAUGUUAUUAAUGCAGCAUUCCUAAUUGCAAGAGAUGUGGUCUAUUAAUGACAGAUUAAGUUUGUUUUAUAUGUGAAGAAUACUAUGAUUUGGUAGAUGGUUUUUGUAGUACAUGGACAAUAGGUUCAUUUAAAUAAAAUAAUUUUUGUUUGUCGCCUUAUUAUACUUCUUCCACAAAAGAAUGUAAAAAAUGCUCUAUUGAUAAUUGCAUAUAUUGCUUUGAAUACGUUUUAGAUAAUUUAGAACUAACAACCCUUUACAGGAACUUCAAAUUGUUCAAUGGAGAUGACAAUGUUUAAGUUGGAUGUGCGAUGUGUUAAGAUGGAUAUAUUUUUGAUUUCAGAGUGAGAUUAUGUUUAAAAUAAACUCCAAAUAUUGAAUUUUGUCUUAGAAGUUACAUAAGUGAAGAGGGAACAGAAAAAUGCACUUUAUCCUCAAAGUAAGAUUUCUCAGUUGCGAGAGAAAUAGUUAAUUGUGAAAAGUUCAUUUCUAAUUGCAUUUAAUGUUUUCUUACUGUGCAAUCAAUUUUAAGAUGCAUUAUAUGCAAAGAAGGUUACACAUCUUCUACCUCUGAAGUCAAUGGCUAAUGUACUAUAAGCAAAUUACCGUAUUAAGCAAUAAGCAUAGAGGGGAAUUGGAUUGAUAAAGAUAUGUGGGUGUAAAGGAUUUAGAGUUUUAUGGGAUUAUAUUUACCUAAUUCAUAUUUUUAUCCAUUCACCAUAUCACCGUAUUUAAAUAAGGAAAUUGCAAUCUCAUGCAAGGAAGGAUAUUCUCUAGUACAAUCCAGUUCUUGUUCUCAAUAUUGCGAUUCAAAUUGUUAAGACUGCCAACCAGAAGGAAGUUAAUUUUUUUGUAAUAAAUGUCCAUUAAAUUAUUUUAAACACAAUCAACGAGUAUAAAUUAAUGGAAUUUGUUAAACAUGCUCUCUUCUUUGUGCCUUCUGUUAAUCUAGAAAUAUUACUGAAAUUAAUGUAAGUUAUUUAUCAAUUGUAUUUAGUAAACUUCCCCCUAUUUUAUUUCCACAUAGGAUAUUGAUGUAUUUUCAAAAAAAUGUUAUUUACCUUCUUAAGAUCCCAAUAUUAUAAUUUAGCCUCAUUAAUUAAUUCCUACAUAUUGUUUAGAUAAGACUUGCAAGAAUAAUUUCUUAUAUUAAUAGUACAAUUCAGCUUGUGAUUAAGGGUGGUUUAUGAUUUAAGAUUUAUUAAAUUAAGCCAGUAUAAAGUACUUAAACUAAGUUGGUGUUCAAAGAUUUAUUAUUCAACUGGAUGUACCUACCUCUGAUUUUUACUGCAGUUAUGGAAUUAAUAUAAAUGGCUUAUUUCUUAGAUAAAAAUUAUUCUCUUUAUAAGAGACUAAUCUCAUUAUUAAUGGUAAUAGAUCAAAUUUUCGCUUGGGAAUGGGAAAAUUCAAUAGCAUUCUAAAUUUUGACAUGUUUGAGUUCUCUAAUUUAACUAUGGUUUUAGAUAACAUUUAAUUAAACUUUGGAGAUACUAAGGUGAAACUUAAAAUGAAGGAUAUUUUAUUUAUUGGAAAGAAUAUAGAUUAAAGUUCUCUGUUUCUUAAUUCAAAUUAAUUUAGUGGGGUAGAGUUAGUAAACAUUACAAUUAGAAAUGUAGUGUUUUCUUCUUCUUCAUUUAUCCAUUUAGAUUCAUUAUAGUUUAAAAGUGAAUUAUAUAUUGAAACGCUAUUAAUCUAAAAUUCAACAUUUGUUAAUUCCAAUUUAUUUUUGAUGAUAAACAAUUAAUUGUCUAUCCAAAUUUAAAAACUAUAAAUUGAAAACUGUACUCUAAUUAAUUCAACAAUCAUCAAUCUAUAAUCUAACCUAUUCAUUGACAGUCUUAAUUAAAUAUCAACAGUAGUUAUGAAAAAUUGUUUAUUAAAAUAAUAAUCCUACUUAUUAAAUUUUUUUGGGUUAGCCAAGCUGGAAAUUGCACACUUAUAUUUUUAUGGGAAUUCUUUAUAGAAUUCAACUUUUUUUAUUAACAAUUAUAAUACCUCAAUAAUUGAUGCAAUAAUUGUGGACAACACCUUAAGUCAGUCAAGUUUAGUAAUUAUGAAUGGAAAAAAUGUUCCAGGCUAUGUUUUAUUUAAUAUGGAUUAACUUAAAAUUGAAAACUUAAUAUCAGAAAAUUCAAAUUUAUUUCAAAUAUCUACAAAUGCUCUUUUUUUAAAUUUGAUUAUUGAAAUGAACAAUUUAGCUAUUUACAAUCUUAAAAGAUAAGAUAAUCUCAAAUACUAAACUUAUAUAUUUUACAUUAGACAUUGUUUUCAAUGUCACAUAAAUUAAAUUGAAAUUAAAAAUAUCAACAAUAUUACAACCUUCUUUUUUCUUGAAAGCAAUAGGAUUUUAAUAGAAAAUUUUAAAUUCUACUAGGAUGCGAAAAAGAAUUAAGUUCAUUUUUCCUCAUCAUGUAGAUAAUAUUAACUUUUAUAAAAAUAACUUAUCUUUAUAUAAGGGUUUAAUUAAUUUAAAUUACAAAAUGGGGAAAUAACUGACUCUUAAUUAGUCGAUUCAAAAGUAAUAGAAAUUACAUCAACUUUGUAAGAUUAAAUUAAUAGUAAAGAAGCUAUUCAAAUUAAAGAUAUAUAUUUUAAAAGGAACAUCAUCUAAUAGAAUUAAUAGAGCAUGCUAUCAUUACUAGGAAUAUAUUCGGAAAACAAGUAGUUAAUAAUCAUCUAAAAUUUGUCAUUUGUUAACAAUUUCUUUCAUUAAUAUGAAGAUGAUCCGAAUGAAAAUUCGGCUGGUUUAAUUAACAUUUAUUCUACUUAAGGCGAGUUAUAGUUAUCGAACAUAUUUUGUCAAGAAAAUGCCAUAACAAACUCAUCGGCUACCUUUAUAUUUAUUACUUCAAAGUCUAUCAACCUCAAAAACUAUAUAAUUAAUAAUAAUAAUAUAAUCAAUUAAUAAUUAUGGAGUGAAUUCUACAAACUAGAACUUGAUUAGUAAUACAAUCAAGAUCAAAUCAACAAAAUUAUAUAAUAGAUUUAUGCAAUAAAUGUUAAAGGUGGCGCUGCGAAAAUAAUUACUGAGCAAUUAGUGUGUACAAAUUCAAUUUUUUAGAAUAUUUUGGCUUAAACUAGCUCAAUCUUUGAAAUUCGAACAUUAGGUUUAGGCAUUGUUAAAUUUAACAACAUUUCUAGUAAUCUAAUAUAUAAUAUUAAAAGAGACAGCAAUGAUAAUUCUGGUUGUAUUAACAUUAAUUCUUAAAACAGUAAUCUAGAUUUAGAAUUAAUCAAUUCAAGCUUUAGAAAUGUAUAGAAUAGUAUGAGCACUGUGAUAUUAACUGUCAAACCAUCACAAAGAAAAAAUCAAAUAUCACUUCGAUAGAUACAAAUUAUAAACUGUUUUUCAUUCUUAAACUAAAUCUUUUAAAUAGAAUUUUCAAUUUACAACAAUUAAAAAUUCAAUUAAAUAUCAAUUAGAAAUAUGACUGUUAUCUUUGAUGAAGAAGAAUGGAUAAUUUAUUUAUCAAAAUUUGAAGAACUAAGUUAUACUGAAAUUGCAUAAAUUACUGAUGAUAAUUCAAUAUUUAAUAUAGUUGGAGGCUAGAUUGAAAUUGAUCAUUUUUUUAUACAAGGAAUUAUCAUAUCUACAAUUUUUAAAAUACUAAAUGCCUUGAAAUUAGAAAUAAGGUAUUGUUAUAUAAAUGAUCUGAAAUCCUUCUAUCCCUAAUAACUUAUAAUUGUAAAUUUAUAAUCAAAUUCUACUGUUGUAAUGGAAAAAAUAGAAAUUUAACAAUAUUCAAUCUAUCAAUUAAAUAUGGAAUAAUAUUAAAUCUAAAAAUCACCGUAAUUUAGAGUUGUAGGAUGUUAGCUUUAAUAAUUAUCUUAAUUAACUAAUUUAAACUCUAAAAUCCUAAUAAAUGAAAACAUUAAUUAAUUGUCAAAGUAAACUUAAAAACUAAGUUAUUCUCUUAUUAAAGUUGUAAGUUCAAAUAGUUAAACGAAAUUAAUAUUAAAUCAAGUGAAAGUUAAUUAAAACAAUUGUCUAAAUUACACUUAAGGAGUGCUUUUUUUUAGUCUUUCUGAUUUUAAAUUUGUUAGAAUUGAUGAGUUUUAGUGUUACCAAAAUGAAGUUCAAGAAUAUGGAUGCUUAUAUCUAAAAGCAGAUAAAUCGAAUGCUAGUUAAUUGGCAGUGAUAUAGAAUUCUGUAUUCAUUAGAAACAAAGGAAGUUAAGGGACUGGAAUAUAGGUUGAGAAUAUUAAGCUUGUAAUAAGAUAAUGCAAAUUAAUCGAAAAUUAUGCACUCAAAACAGGUGGAGGAAUGCAGUUAGAUAUCAGUAACAACGAAUUCCAUAUUUAAUAAUCCAUAUUCAUAUUGAAUAAGGCUAAAGUUGGAGGCGGCAUCUUUUUACAAUAAUCAAAUAAUUUAAAUGCAGAAAACUUUUUAAAUUCUUUUUUGCUUUUUAAUUUCGCAGAAUUCUAUGCAAAUAAUCUAGUUGAAGCUCCAACCCAUUUAAGUAUCUAAAUUAAUCAAAUGGAAAUUCCAUCAGUAUAAUAACAUUUAGAAAAUUAAAUUAUUUCAACUACUGUAAUAAAACCUUAUAAUAUUAUUGAAUAAGGUUAAGUAUUAAGGGCCAAUCAGCUAAUGAUUCCUAGCAAUCAGUAGAUCAAGAACUAUAAGAUAUACAUUCCAAAAUUCUCAUUAUUUAAGAGUUAUAUUUCAAUAAUAUCUAUACAUUUUAAAAAUCGAUUUAAUGAAAAAAUGGAGAAUUUAGAUAAUUCUUCUUGUUUAAUAGAGGCAACAAUAAAAUUUGAAAACAAAAGCUCUACUAAUAGUGAGAGAAUAGUUUAGAGUCUUUUUUAUGAUAAUGAUGUUAAAGCUAUUGAUUUAAGUUCACUCUCCUUCAGGUUUGAUCCUUAUUUUUAAGAUAAUAAAAUUUUAUCAAUUUAAUUAAAUUGCAAGGCUGAUAAUAAUGAAUAAUCAUUGUAAUACUUCAUUUAUGCUAAAACUUUAAAAUGUUAAUAAGGAGAAUUUUAUGUUGAUAAAGGUUGUUAAGUUUGCUAACCUAAUUAAGGAUUCUACUCUGUAACAUACAAUGCUACUAAAUGUUCAAUUUUUGACAAAGAAAAAUUUGAAAAUGUUACAUCAAAUAAAAUCAAGCUCUUGGAAGGAUUUUGGAGACCUAAUUACUUUUCUGAUUAUACGGAAUAAUGUGUAAAAAACAAUUAAUUUUGUACUGGUGGUUGGGAUGUUGGAAAUAAUCUAUGUCUUGAAGGUCAUUUAGGAGGUUUAUGUGAAGAAUGUGAUAAUUUUGAUGUUAGAGGAGGUGGUAUGUUUUAUAGAAACCUAUAGAAUGCUCAAUGUUUUGGAUGUUAAAGAAUGUAAGACAGUAUUAUACCAUUUUUAUUAACCUCCAUAUGGUAAAAAUAUAUAUAUUUUUGGUAGGGCUUUAAUAUCUAUUUUAAUAACUUUGAGAAGUAUUGAAAAAUCAAAUAGAUUAUUCUCAUCCCUAAAAAUUAGAUAAAGAUUUAGCAAAAUUAUUUUUAAGUUGGAUUAAGGUAUUAUAUACUAAUUAUUAAAGAUCAUGAAAGUAUUCUUAUCAAAAUGCUGCUCAACUAUUUAUGGAUAUUUUCGGUAAUAUUCACUUUCAACACUAAUUUUUCAUUUUCAAUCAAUUUUAUUGAAUUGACAAGCAAUUCUUCAUAUUUUAUGGCCAAUAAUUUAGAUUGCUAUCUAUCUUCAAUGCAAAGCUUUGAGCUAAUCUAUAUCAGAAUUAUUGCCAUGUUGAUUUUAAUAGUCAUCCAGCUGUUGGUUAUUUGGAUUGGGUUUAAUUGUUACUCUCUAUGUAAAAACUGGAUUUUCAACAAAAGUAUUAUUUCAAAUACAGUGUUAUAUUUAUAUGUAUCAAAUUAUGCUGCUUUAGUCAAAUAGUAAAUUAUUCAAUAAUCAUAGAUUUUGUUCAAUUCUUUCAAAAAGGGAUAUUUCAAAUAUUUCCUAUCUUUAAGGAGAUGUUUCCCUUAUUUAUGGAACCGAAACUCACAUAAAAUGGAUGAUUAUUUUUGCAAUUCCAGGCCUGGGAGUUAUUGGUAUCUUAAUUCCCUUUUCUUUAUUUUUUUUAAUGUAUGUUAAUAGGGAUCAAUUAGAUUAAAUUAAGCUAAGAAGGCAUAUUUGUUAUUUAUUUAACGAAUAUAAUUCAGAAAGCUAUUAUUGGGAAUAAAUUAAGCUCUCAAAAAAAAUAAUCAUCAUCAUUAUCUUGACAUAUUUUGAAAGUAACGUUUUACUAACAGCCUCUCUGCUUGGGUUAUGCUUGCUUUUCUACUAACUUUUAGCAGUAAAAUAGAAGCCAUAUAUCAUUUAAAGUUUGAACUUUUUAGACAUACAAACUGGAUAAAUUUGUUCCAUCUCUAUAUUUAUCAGCGCAGCAAAAUAUGUAUCAGAAAAGGAAAAUGUUACACCCUUAUCAGUUCUUCUUCAAAUUUUUAUAAUUAUUUUAUGCAUCAGAUUAUGCUAUCCAUUUAUUAUCAAUAUUUUUAGAGUCUAUUUUAAGAAGUACAAAUUACCAUCAAUUGACUUAUUACACAGAAUACUUAGAUCAAUAAAAGCAGAUUGUUUUCUUACUAAAUAUUUGAAUAAUCAAUUAAGAAAGUUAAAUUAUAAAGAGUAGCGUCGAAGAACUAAUUUUACAAAGUUACGAUGCCAUUUAAUAUAAAUAUCAAAGCUUUAAAUAGGACAUCAAAAGUACUGAUUAUAAAUAAGUAGGCAUAUGAUUACUAUGAUGACCUCAUAAUCAACAGUGAGAUAUCGUUAAACUGUAACAAUAACAGAUACAGAUAUGAAUAAACUUAUAAGUCCUUGA